ACAUGUUCCUUUACACUCUCCAAAAAAAAAAAAAAAUCCUUCCUAUCUGCUCUUUGUUUUUGCCUACUCUUUUUUGCGUCAUCUUUGAAUCUUAUCUGCCAAAAAGCGUAGCAUUUCAAUAAUAAUACACUACACCUCCCAGAGACGCGUGCGGCAGCUUUCUUUUCAAAGAGUUUCCUCAACGCCAUCAGACCACCGGAAGAGAAACCGUGUUGAUUUAUUUCAACCAGAGGGGAAUAAACAAGGCAAGGACCAAAGAUGGAGUCUGUCCACAUUAAAGAGGAGGUGCCUGAACUGGAGCCCGUCCACUUUAAAGAGGAGGUGACUGAACUGGAGCCCAUCCACAUUAAAGAGGAGGUACCUGAACCGGAAUGUGUCCAGACUAAAGAGGAGGUUCCAGACCUGGAAUUGGAUAGCUUUGCGAAUGAUGUUGGUGAAUUAGGGAUUGUCCAUGUUGUAGAGGCAAAUCCAUGUCCUGAUUGUGGGAAGAAUUUCAGUAGGUCAGGAACCCUAAAAAAACACCAGAGAAUUCACACAGGAGAGAAAAGAUACCAGUGCAGUGAAUGCGGGAAGCGCUUUACCAACUCUGAAGGCCUUAAAAAUCACCAGCGAAUUCACACAGGUGAAAAGCCGUAUGAGUGCAGUGAAUGCGGGAGAGGUUUCACUCAGGUGGGAAACCUUAGACAGCACCAGCGGAUUCACACUGGAGAGACCCCGUAUGAAUGCACUGACUGUGGGAAGAGUUUCAGGCAUUCGGACGGACUGAAAAAACACAUGCGAAUUCACACAGGUGAUAAACCUUAUCACUGUACCGAAUGUGAAAAGAGCUUCAGGCAGCUAGGAAGCCUGAGGACGCAUUUGCGGAUUCACACAGGAGAGACACCAUACGAAUGCGCCGAAUGUGGGCGCAGUUUCCGGCAGUCAGAUGGCCUGAAGAAACACAAGCGAAUCCACACAGGAGAGAAACCCUAUACCUGUACAGAGUGUGGCAAGGGUUUCAGUCGAUUAGGAAACUUUAGGGAACACCAGCGAAGUCACACUGGAGUGAAACCUCACCUCUGUGCCGAAUGUGGGAAGGUGUUCAGUCGCUUGGAAACCUUGAGAACACAUCAGCGAAUUCACACAGGAGAGAAACCAUACCAGUGCAUUGAAUGUGGGAACAGUUUUACUUACUCGCAUCAGCUGAAAACUCAUACAGUCAACUUUCAUGUGGGCAAGCCAGCACUAUCAUACACAGUUGAGACUGUGUCCGCAAUCCAGUGCGACAGCCGUUGCUUGGAGAGGGGCUCCCCCAGGGUCCAUGUUUCAUGGCAGACGAAGAGCUGGUUCGGGCACACGGCAUCCUUGGGCAUACCUCCCAAGGCUGCAAUGGAGUCCAAAGGGGGAAACCCGGCAAGGCCCAGCUUCUCCACCCCUUCCACCCUGAGUGCUCGCCAGUUGCCUGGAGUGUCCUUCGUCUGCUGCAGUGGGCCCCUUCCAGCCAUGCCUCUCUACUCUGUCACAGAGCCCUUCUGGGGAGAUCCCUUGUGCGCAGGCAUCUCUAUCCACCCACAGUCUCCUACGGCGAGAAUGGUGAAGAAGUCCCAGCAGACCCCUCCUCUCUCGCCAAAGAAGGACGGUGGCUUUCGCCCCAUCCUGGACCUGUGGUUCCUCAACCAGUUUCUGAAACAGAGGAGGUUCCAAACGGGGUCUCAUUGUCACAUACUCCAGUCUGUCCGGCCGGGCGACUGGUUUACCACGCUGCAAGGGGUCAGAGUGAUGAGCUACCUCUAUGACUGGUUGAUAUGUUUCCAGUCGCCGGAGGGAGCGUUGGCCCACACGGCACUGGUGACAGAGCAUCUAGUAAGGCUGGGCCUUACCAUCAACGAUGCCAAGAAUCGGCUGCCACCGGUGCAGUGCACAACGCGUGUGGUGAUGACGGACGCCUCCAACUCGGGUUGGGGCACGGUCUAUGAAGGCAGAGGGCACUUCCUACCCGUAGUGCGGAACAUGCGUGUGUUGAUCCGCACGGACAGCACAUCAGUGGUGGCGUAUGUCAACCACCAGUGUGGCCUUCGGUUCCCGGGGUUGCAUCGCCUCGCCUUCAGGCUUCUGAACUUGCUGUCCGUUCGGGCGACGCAUGUCCAUGGCGUGGACAGUCGGGUGGCGGACCGCCUCUCGAGGGAAGAAACUGGAAAUAUUAGCGCAAGAAAAGGACUGAAGAUGGAGACUGUGUGCAUCAAAGAGGAAAUCCCUAAUCUGGAACCAGUCCAAAUAAAGGAGGAAGGCUUUGAACUGGAGUUAGACAACUUUGCCAGUGAUGUUGAUGAACUAGGAUGUGUCCAUGUUGUAGAUGAGGCCAGUGACUUGGAACCUGUCCACAUUAAAGAGGAGGUCACUAAACUGGAAUUUGUUCAAAUUAAGCCAGACUCACCCAAGUCUGAAACUGUAUUCAGUAAUGUGGAGGUAUCUAAAGACAUGAAUUCUAAUAUUGAAGAGAAGGGGACUGAACUGGAGCCCAUCCAAUGGAAAAACAACAUCCCUCAGCUGGAGGUUCUGCAAGUCAGUCCUCUGUUACAGUGUAGAGAAUCUCUGGUGUCUGUUAGCCAAUUUAAAACCAGAAACAACUUGCAAAGUUCACAUCAGUGUAUCGAAUGUGGGAAGUGUUUCACGCUUUUGGCAACCCUUAAGCAACACCAGCGAAUUCACACAGGAGAGAAACCGUAUGAAUGUACUGAAUGUGGGAAGAGUUUCAGGCAUUUAAAUUGCCUGACAAAACACCAGCGAAUUCACACAGGGGAGAAACCAUAUCGCUGUAGUGAAUGUGGGAAGAGUUUUGGCAGGUUAGAGGCCCUGAAAAAUCACCAGCAAAUUCACACAGGUGAGAAACUGUGUCACUGUGCCGAGUGUGGAAAGAAUUUCAGGCUUUUAGACACCCUUAAAAGACACCAGCGGAUUCACACUAGAGAGAAGCCCUAUCACUGUAAUGAAUGUGGGAAGAGUUUUAAUGACUUGGGGAUCCUGAAAAACCACCAGCGAAUUCACACAGGAGAGAAACCAUAUCGGUGUAGUGAAUGUGGCAAGAGUUUCAGGCAAUUAGGAACCCUGAAACAACACCAGCGAACACACAGCGGACAGAAAUCCCAAAUUCUAUCUGUAUAGUUAAUGUGAGAAGAGAUUCUGUUUAAUACUCUAAAACACUGUGACACAUUUGCAUAUAUGUAUUACAAUA